CGGGCGAAGCCUAGUGGCUUGAGUAGGGACGCACACAGCGGAGUUCGGUCCAUCUCUGCUCGCAGCUAGCUAAUCCCGCAGCAAGGCCACUGCGGGAAGAUGGCGACGGAAAAACAGAAAAAUGAAGGAAGAGUUAAGAUUGGACAUUACAUUCUCGGAGAUACACUCGGCGUGGGGACGUUCGGAAAGGUUAAAGUUGGCCAACAUGAGCUGACCAAGCACCAAGUGGCCGUGAAGAUCUUGAACAGACAAAAGAUCCGCAGUUUGGAUGUGGUGGGGAAGAUCCGCAGGGAGAUCCAGAACCUCAAGCUUUUCAGGCAUCCUCACAUAAUUAAACUGUAUCAGGUCAUUAGCACCCCUACUGAUAUCUUUAUGGUGAUGGAGUACGUCUCGGGAGGCGAGCUUUUUGACUACAUCUGCAAAAACGGAAAGUUGGAUGAAAAGGAGAGUCGUCGGCUGUUCCAGCAGAUUAUUUCGGCUGUAGACUACUGCCACAGACACAUGGUGGUGCACCGAGACCUCAAGCCUGAGAACGUGCUGCUUGAUGCACACAUGAAUGCCAAGAUUGCAGACUUCGGAUUAUCAAACAUGAUGUCGGAUGGAGAGUUCCUGCGUACAAGCUGUGGUUCUCCAAACUAUGCUGCUCCCGAGGUCAUCUCAGGAAGGCUGUACGCCGGCCCAGAGGUAGACAUCUGGAGCAGUGGGGUCAUUCUCUACGCCUUGUUGUGUGGGACGCUUCCCUUUGACGACGACCACGUGCCGACCCUCUUUAAGAAGAUCUGCGACGGAAUCUUUUUCACCCCGCAGUAUCUGAACCCCUCGGUGAUAAGCCUUCUCAAGCACAUGCUGCAGGUGGACCCCAUGAAGAGAGCCACCAUCAAAGAGAUCCGAGAGGAUGAGUGGUUCAAGCAGGGCUUACCGAAGUACUUGUUCCCGGAGGACCCCUCCUACAGCAACAACAUGAUCGACGACGAGGCCCUGAAGGAGGUGUGCGACAAGUUUGAGUGCACAGAGGAGGAGGUCCUGACCUGCAUAUACAGUCGCAACCACCAGGACCCGCUGGCCGUCGCCUACCAUCUCAUCAUUGACAAUCGCCGCAUCAUGAACGAGGCCAAGGAUUUCUACCUGGCGUCCAGCCCUCCCGACUCCUUCCUGGACGACCAGCACCUGACGGCGUCCGGCGCGUCGGUGUCCGGCAUCGUCAAGGUGCACCCCGAGCGCGUUCCGUUCCUCCUGGCGGAGACCCCGCCCAGGCCCCGCCACACGCUGGACGAGUUGAACCCCCAGAAGUCCAAGCACCAGGGCGUCAGGAGGGCCAAGUGGCACCUGGGCAUCAGGAGUCAGAGUAGACCCAACGACAUCAUGUCGGAGGUGUGCCGGGCCAUGAAACAGCUGGAUUAUGAGUGGAAGGUUGUGAAUCCUUAUUAUCUGCGCGUGAGGAGGAAGAAUCCCGUGACUGGGAUGCAGACCAAGAUGAGCCUUCAGCUCUACCAGGUGGACAGCAGAACCUACCUCCUCGACUUCCGUAGCAUAGACGAUGAUAUGUUGGAGACAAAAUCUGGAACUGCCACCCCUCUCCGAUCCGGGUCCGUGGGCAACUACCGCACCACUAUUAAGAACGAUGUAGAUGGGCCAGAUGCUCAAGCUACGUCUGGCCCCGUGCUCCCCACCAAGGCCGCAGAAGGCUCCCUAGCUUCGUCGUUGACCUCAUCCAUCGAAUCAACGGGAGGGGCGGACACCCCGACUGUGCCUCGACCAGGAAGCCACACCAUCGAGUUCUUUGAGAUGUGUGCGAAUCUUAUUAAAUUACUUGCACGAUAGCUCGCAAAACAAUCGUUAGCCUUUUUUUCCUCUCCGAGUGUCUUUAUAGCAAUAAGCAUGCAACCGUUUCAUGGCUCAAUUCAUGCCAGCUGAGGAUGAAGCCACCGUUCCAUGGCACUGACCCAGGUUAGUGUGCCGUAAGGGGACGGGAUGUAUACUGAGCUGACGAGGCCUGUAAAGGGUUAUUUUGGAAAGAUGGGCUACUUAAUGGCUUAAACAGAACAACGUUUAGAAGGGGAGGGGAGGGGGGGGGGGUGUUCUACAAUUCAAUGGUAAAUGUCUGCAUCAACCUAUACAUACACGCGCAAGUGAUUACACUGAAUUUGUCGGUACUGUAGCCAUUGCGCACUGCUCUCAGUACAGAGAACAAGAUCAAGUUUUUGCCUGCAGAGGAGGAGGAGGAGGCGGCCACGUGAUGAGGGCUGGGCGUUUGGGUGGCAGUUGUAUAGGGUGCAGGCGGCACUUUUGCACAAGAUUCUUUUGUUUCCUGCUGCUCUUGUUUUUGUGUGUCUGUCUGUGGGGAAAGGAGAAGUGGUGCAGAUCUAUCAGGGCUCUGCACUGGCUAUAACGAGGGUUGUCACGCCGAUCACAUUCAUUGGAAUCUGAAAAAGUGCAAUGACCCCUUUUGCGUCUCGUGUCAGGGACGAGAGAAUGCUUCAUCAGAUGCACAGGACCAGUCAAAAGUUUGGAUGCAUUUUCUCAUUCGAAAAGAAAGUGUGUCCACACCAACUAAACAAAGGACCGGUACUGUGUGUUUGCAGUUCUUUUUGAGAAUAAUUUGAGUUGUCAGACAAAAUGUUUAGGAUUUGUGUCCUUGUAAACAAAAAUGUUUGAAAUUUCUGUCCCCUACAUUUUUAUACAUAAAGACAUGAAUAUAUUUAUCAGUGGAUGGAGUGUUGGUUCUAUUGGAAAUGGAAUUUGGGUUUUUGUUUCUUUUGCAUCAAAAUCUAUUGCUGGAUGGUAUAUUUCCUUUUUUUUUUACUAACUGGUUUUUAAAUCAAUAUUUCAACUUUGCUCCCUCAAUCAAAAUGAUUCUAAUACUCCAUUGUGUUUUCAAAUAGUUCUACCUUGCUUUUAUCAGGUAUUUCUAGAAAUAUAUCUUUUUCCGUGUCGCAUACAGAAAUGGCAAGAUGGGUUUUGACUUAUUGUUGCAUUUCUUUCCUUUCUUGGUUGUAUAUUUUUGGGGGAUUAGGAUUUGAGUAUAAUUACUGAAUGAAAUGCCUUUUAUUAUACAUCUAAUUUAUAAAUCCCAAUCCACCAAAAGUGUAUAAGCCUCAGGGCUCAAAUUACAAACGAACAGUAGCAAUUACAUGCAGUGCAUGAAAAAAUGUCACUUAAUCCAAAAUUAAUUUUGGGAUAUUUUUUAAAUGACUUCUUUUGCCCAUUCGUCCCAUUAAAGGUUGACUUUGGAAAAGGUUUUCACAAACCUCGACCUGCAACAAACUUGUGAGCUUUAAUUGUUGAGUCAUGCUGAGUCGAUUUGUGGUUAUUGUAGAAAGAAAAAAACACAAACAUUAAAGUCACAAAGGUGUUGGUGAUUUAUAUUUGAUAAAGAAAAAUGUCAAUACAUGACAAUAUCAUCUUCUUGCAAGCUUGAAAGGUCUUGAAUAUAUAUAUAUAUAUAUAUAUAUAUAGAUAUCUAUCUAUCUUUAAUCGCAAUGAUGAAUCUUCAUUUCCUGUCCAGUUUUAAGGUCUGAAGCUGUCUGUUGUUUGGCUGCCUUAUCAUUAUGAGUACUGUUUAUAUGUCAGUAAAAGAUGGAAUCCAGUGCUGAUGCUAAUUAUUGGCACUUUUUGCAAUUUUAAGUGUUGACGUCCACAAAUAAUUUUGUCAGUGUUCAUUCACAAUUGCUGUUAAAAAUCACAAUACUUUCGACUGCUUUCCAUUACCAGAAAAUU